ACUGUGGCAAUGGAUUUCGAUGCAGUUCUGGUGAAGUGCGGCAAUUUCGGGCGUUAUCAAUUUGUGUUAUUGCUAUUGUACGGCUGCACAAAUAUUCUAUCGUCGAUGCAUUAUUUUGCACAAACUAUUAUUAGUUUUACACCUGAGCAUUGGUGCUUUCACGAAAAGUUAGCCAAUGCCAGUAUGUCAUACGUACGCAGCAUUUAUGCGCAAACAGCAGAUCCGCAGUGCACUCUGCUGGAAGACAUCGUCGACGAUCAGCCGAUAGUUGCGGCCGUGGGUAAAUGCACUGAAUGGAUCUAUGCAUAUGAUCGUGGCUAUCGCAGUAUUACAACAGAUCUCAAAUGGGUUUGUAAUGAUGCAUACCAAGCUGCUACAGGUCAGUCGUUCUUCUUUUUGGGUUCUAUCAUUGGCACAGUAUUUUUUGGAUUUCUUGCUGAUAAAAUUGGGCGCUUGCUAGCGCUGAUAUGCACAACACUGGCUGGCGCCUUUGGUGACUUUUUAACCUCCUUUGUAACAUCACUACCUGCAUUUGCAUUGUUCCGCUUUGUAUCGGGUCUAUCAUGUGAUACGAUAUUUUACCUAAUGUACAUAAUGGUUUUCGAGUACUUGAGCCCCGAAAAGCGCACAUUUGGUCUGAAUGUUAUAACUGCAUUUUUCUACUGUUUUGGUUUGAUUUUAUCACCCUGGUAUGCUAUUUGGGUAGGAUCAUGGCGUUAUUAUCUCUAUAUCGCUUCUCUGCCUGCUUUGAUCGUGGUGAUCUAUCCCAUCUUUAUUUGCGAGAGCGCGCAGUGGUUAAUAGCAACUGAACGUUACGAUCGAGCUGUGAAUUGCUUAAAGCGAGUCGCGAAAUUCAACAAGCGUAAAGUUGAAGAAGAAGUAUUCACGCAAUUUCGGUCACACUAUGAGGAGAAAAUGGCUUUGGAUAAAAAGUUCAAUAGAAAUGAAGACACUUUCUGGGGAAUGUUUCGUACGCCGAGACUACGAAAAUUCACCAUUAUCCUGUUAUUGAAGUCCAUGAUCGUCACGAUCUCUUUUGACGUAAUCAGCCGCAAUAUGGAAGGUUUAGGCUCCUCACCCUUCACGCUAUUCUCGAUCUCCUCACUUGCAUAUAUUCCAGGCGGUCUGACAAUUAUUUUUCUGCAAAACCGCAUAGGCCGCAAAGGCAUGGCAUUCGGAUCGCUCUUCGUUAGUUCGAUCAUAGUCACUGUAACUGGCUUCAUGAUCGCUUUACUUGAUCCUGAAAACAAUGCUGUGCUACUAGCAAUUAUGGUUGGUCUGGGUCGUUAUGGUGUAAUUGUGAGUUAUGAUGCGGAAGCACAAUAUGCCGCAGAAUUUAUACCAACUACAGUACGUGGGCGUGGCUUGGCGAAUAUUCAUGUGAUCGGCUAUGGUUUUGCCAUGCUUAGUUCAUAUAUCAUUUAUUUGCGUCUCUACUUUAAGCCGUUGCCCUCGAUUGUUAUUUCGGCGGUAAUGUUGUGUGGCACGCUACUCUGCCUGGCACUGCCGGAGACAUUAAACCAAAAACUACCCGAAACUCUUAAAGACGGUGAAGAUUUUGCAAGACAUCAACGCUGGUACUACUUCCCUUGCUUUAGUCGAGUACAAACUGAUAAAAAUGAUGUCGUUGAGAAGCAAGAUACUCUUAGGUGUUACCACGAAAAGCUGUCAAAUGCCAGUUUUGAUGAAAUUCGCACAAUCUACGCACAAACGACUAAUGCACAUUGCACCUUGUUAGAUGACAUAGUCGGUGGUCAGCCAAUUGUUGCCAAAGUCGGUAAAUGCCAGAGGUGGAUCUAUGAAUAUGAAAGUGGUUAUAAAAGCGUUACUUCAGAUUCGCGUGGUCUUAAACGUGUUGCCAAAAUCAACAAACGCGAGGUGAAAGAUGAAGUUUUCAAUGAAUUCAUAGCACACUAUAAGAAAAAGACUAGCAACGAACUCGAGAAAAAAGCCAAUACAGACAUAUUUUGGUGCAUGUUUCGUACACCACGUUUACGCAAAUUCACCACUAUGAUGUUGUUGAAGAACUUGUUUCUCGCGCUCGCACUCGAUGUGAUCAGCCGUAAUAUCGAAGGCAUGGGCAGCUUGCCAUUCAUACUUUUCUCAGCCACUUCAGUGGUUUACGUUAUGGGCAGUUUAACCAUCAUCCUGCUGCAAAAUCGCAUAGGUCGCAAGGGAGUGGACUUUAGUACACUCCUAGUGAGCUCAGUAACCAUUGCGGCUAGAUUUCUGAUUACCUUUACCGAUAUGCAGAAAAACGCUUUACUUCUUGCGAAUAUGGUCGGCCUUAGUCGGUAUGGCGUCGUCGUGAGCUAUGAGGCGGAGGCACAAUACUCCUCCGAAUUUAUACCGACCACCGUACGCGGUCGUGGCAUGGCUAAUAUACAUGUUGCAGGUUUCGCAUUUACCACUCCGAACUCAUAUCUGAUAUAGCCUCUUUUAUGCCUAGCGCUACCUGAGACCAUGAAUCAAAAGUUACCACAAACUUUGAAGGAUGGUGAAGAGUUUGCUCGCCAUCAGCGCUGGUACUAUUUUAUAUGUUUCGAUAAAAACAAGAACAUGAAGGAAGCUAAAGUCACUAAUAGUUGAAUACGUAUAUUUAACAACUUUUCUUGAAUUUUUUGCUACGAAUGCUAGAUUAUAAUUAUGUAUCGAACGCAAUGCUAAUUUGUUCUCUUUUCCAAUGUUUAAUGAUCCCGACUUUAGAAAGAGAGAGAUUUAUGUACAGAUUUGUUUCUAUACCUAAAUACAUUUUUAUAGUCAUUUAAAAA